CCCCUCUAUGUCACUAGGGGACCAUCCCAGGCUUCUGCACUAGCAGUAUUGACCGUGGGUGAUCAGUCUUUUUCAGCCAAGUCUCCUCAGCUGUCUGACUAGAGAAUACUUACUAUAGUAAGAGAUACAAGUAGCUGGCCAACUUAUCAGCAGGGCUCCUACACUCCAGAGGAAGAAACAGAGACCUGGGAGGUGCGGGUGGAAUCUUCCCGGACUUGUUGGGGGUGUGGGGGGUGGGACCAGGGCGUGGAAGCUAAGGAAGCUGGAGGCGGGGUUGCGGGCGCGGUCAGAAAGCUGGCCCAGGGGCAGGACUGACAGGGCGGAUGCUAGGCUGUGUCCCCUGGGGCGGGACUCAGCACGCAGUCUUUGAUCCAAGAUUCACUUGAAACUGGCCGGUGCGCAGCCCCUGGUCCCGCGUCUGCUGGCCUCCCAGGAUCAGCCCUUCCUCUGACCCAGGUCGAACGCUUAGCCACCAGCGACGCUGCACCCGGAUGGCGCAGCGAGUGUAGCAGAUCCCAGUACCUGCGAGUGGUCAGCGGUCGGAGUUCUUCGGGAACCAUUUGCCCGCGGGUGGAAACAGUUUCGGCAUAACCUUGUUCCUGGAUUAUUACUUCAUUCUGAUUCAUCAGCUGGUCUCCUUUCACAGAGUGAAUACGUGCUUCCCACUGCUGCCAGCUUAGUUUGGAGUUUGGAAAAGAACCAGGUCCAGGGUCCUGCCUCUGUUGAUAGAAUGGCAUCCACGGUGACAGAAAGAGAGGAUCUUGAAAAUCACCACAAGGACUGCUUGGUACGACUUUGCAACCCACAUGUGGCAACAAUGAAAGAAGAUGUUCUCUACCAUUUUAAUCUCAGCACUGGCACUCACAACUUCCCAGAGAUGUUUGGGGAUGUGAAGUUCGUGUGUGUUGGAGGAACCCCUUCCCGAAUGCAAUCCUUCAUCAGAUACCUGGCUCUGGAGCUGGGCAUUCAACACCCAGGUGACGACUACCCCAACCUCUGUGAGGGCACUGACCGCUAUGCCAUGUUUAAAGUGGGCCCGGUGCUGUCAGUCAGUCACGGGAUGGGCAUUCCUUCCAUUGCCAUCAUGCUGCACGAGCUCAUCAAGCUGCUGUACCACGCCAGGUGCUCUGGCGUCACCCUCAUCCGCAUCGGCACCUCUGGAGGGAUAGGGCUGGAGCCUGGCUCUGUGGUCAUCACCCAGCAGGCGGUGGAUGCCUGCUUCAAACCCGAAUUUGAGCUCAAGGUCCUGGGGAAGCGGGUGGUUCGGAGCACAGGUCUGGAUGAGCAGCUGGUGCGGGAGCUGGCGCAGUGCUCCUUGGAGCUGAGCGAGUUCCCCAUCGUCGUGGGCAACACCAUGUGUACCCUGGACUUCUAUGAAGGGCAAGGGCGUCUGGAUGGUGCGCUCUGCUCCUACACGGAGAAGGAGAAGCAGGAGUAUCUGCAGGAGGCCUACCAGGUCGGCAUCCGCAACAUCGAGAUGGAGUCCUUGGUCUUUGCGGCCAUGUGCAGAGCGUGUGGUCUUCGAGCGGCUGUGGUAUGCGUCACGCUCCUGGACCGCUUGAAAGGGGAUCAGAUCAGCAGCCCUCACGAGGUCCUCAAUGAGUACCAGCAGCGGCCUCAGCGACUGGUGGCUCACUUCAUCAAGAAGUGCCUUGGCUCAGCAGCCCUCUCCUGACCGCCUGCUGCUCCUCUCAGCAGUGUAUUUUUCAGGGUCU